AUGCUAUACAGUUCCAGUUCUCACAGUCUCAACGCUACCCGUGGAAUUUGGACACACUGUACACGACCGACGACCGACGACGUGAAGACUACACAGAUGGCUCCAGCAACCAAAAAGACCAGCGGCAAGGGCAAACGCUCCGCCCUCCAAGAUGUCGUCACACGCGAAUAUACGAUCCACCUGCACAAAUGCGUUCACGGUCGCUCGUUCAAGAAACGUGCACCGUGGGCUGUGAAGAGCGUCGUCCAGUUUGCGCAAAAGGCGAUGGGGACACGCGAUGUACGGGUUGACCCGAAGUUGAACCAGCAGCUGUGGUCUCAGGGAAUUAAGAACGUCCCACACAGGAUUCGGGUACGACUUGAACGUAAACGCAAUGAUGACGAGGACGCGAAGGAAAAGCUCUAUACCUACGCAUCAUAUGUACCAGUUAUCUCUUUCAAGGGGCUCGAAACCACAGUCGUAGAUGCCGAGUAA